AUGUAUGUAAUAAUUUUACAACUUAUUAUCAUUAUCGGAAUUACAAUUGUGAAUACAAUCUAUUUAUAUGAUACUGAAGAUAGUACAUUGAUAGAAGUGUUUGAUUGUAUUCAUGUUGCGGACACACAUUAUUGUCGUCGAUCCAAUCAACCUAUACCGUUGAAACGAAACCAAAGGCAAGGACAAUGUUACCAUAAUGGUACAUCGUAUUCAUUCGCCAAACUUCGAUCUACGAAUAUCAGUGUUAGAACUAUUUUGCAUCAAUGGAGAUCAAGUAUUGAAAACGUAGAGCUAUAUGCUCGAUAUUUACGACAAGAUAAUCCUUCGAUCGAUGAUGAUCAGAGUACUCUUUGUCAAUGUACAAAUCCAUAUUCGUUCGGAAAAAACUGUGAAUAUUUUUUACCCAUCGCCAAUGAUACAUUCGAAGCUACACUCGAUUGGGAAUUACAGGUGCAACAUUCUCAUGAAGAUUAUGCUCAAUAUUACAGUGACAUACUAUGUUAUACUACGUUGGUAUGUGAUUCAGGUAGUUUGUGUCUUGAUUGGCGUGAUAUUUGUGACGGGAUUCAGCAAUGUAUAUAUGGUUAUGAUGAAGAAGUGUGUGAUCUUCUUGAAUUUAAUGAAUGCGAAGAUCGUGAAUAUCGUUGUAUGAAUGGAAUGUGUAUUCCUGAAGAAUAUUUUCUCGAUGGUGAUUAUGAUUGUAUGGACUUAACUGAUGAAAAACAAUCAUUCAAAGAUACGAAUUGUGCUUAUCAACGGGCUAAUAUUGCAUGCGAUGAUCGAGUUUGUUUACCAUAUCAAUGGUCAUGCGGUGAUGGGCAAUGUGUUGAAAGUCGAUUUGCUUUUCAAAAAGUUGCAUUCGGUCAACAUUCAUGUAUUAGUCGACGUGAUCAAUUUUAUAUGUGUGAAAUAAAUUUUUUUGAGAGACAAUGGACAUUACAUAAUGGAAAAUGUGUUCGAUCAAGAGAAUCCAUUGGAUGGAAUAAUCAAAAUAUGGAUAGCCUUGAGAAAUGUUUAUAUUAUUUUAAAUGUCAACUUACAGGAGGAUUAGAAAAACAAUGUCCAUGCGAUGAUAUAUCGUCUUGUAGUAAAUAUCUUAUCUCGUACUGUCCUACAGUCUUUAACUAUCCAAUCGAUCAAGUUGUUACUUCUUAUAUAACGAGUAUCUACUCUAAUAUACAUAAUCACUAUGUGAAAAAUCCAAAUAUUUUCUUAAUUCAUGGAAUUAUCAAAUGUCGAGGAUUUUUAAUUGAAGGAUCGAUUAGAAUAUCAUAUCAGGAACAAUUAGAUCUUCGUCAUUUAGAAUCUGAGUUGUGCAAUUAUUCUUCGUUUGGUCAUAUGCUCAUUGAGGCUGGUUAUGAUCGUGAUUGUUAUCGAGAUUCAUUAACAUGGACUCAUCGACCAUAUUAUUUUGUUGACGUAUGCCAAUAUUCUAAAGAAUGUAUUUCUGCCUAUCGAAUCAAAGAUGGUAUUCGAAAUUGUGCUGAUGGAAAGGAUGAAGAACAAAAUCCUGUUAAAGUUAUACGAAGUUGUUCUCCUAUAAAAAAGCAUCGUUUUCGUUGUUCGAUUAAUGAACCUACUUGUUUAUUUGUGAAUAAACUUGGUGAUGGUAAAGUUGAUUGUCAAAAUAAACACGAUGAAUCAUUGCUUGAGACAAAUUUACCUCUUUCAGAAACCAUUUGCAAUGACCAAUCGAAAAAGGAUUGCAAAUUUCUUCGUCAAUAUAUCGAAAAAUCAUGGGAAAUCAACUCAUCCUCCAAUAUCGUUAAUGACUUAAAUACAGUCAAAAUAUCUUUUCGUCAAUUUUGCGAUACAUUCUAUGAUUUACGAUCGAAAAAGGACGAAGAUUUAAAUACUUGUAAAAAAUGGUGGACAUGUCGUGAGGAACAAUGGCAGUGUCAUACUGGACAAUGUAUUGAUGUGGCUUGGGUAUUAGAUGGUGAAUGGGAUUGUAGUGAUGCAUCAGAUGAAGAUGCUAUAUUCUUUUACAAUCAUACAUUCUCAACACGGAAUUUAAAUCUGAUUACAAUGUCGGUUUUACAGAAAAAAUUUAGUAUACUAUAUAAAACACAAGCUUUUUCUGGUAUUUGUAAUUUGACGAAAGAAUAUCCAUGUUUUCGAGUUGGUGUGACUCAUCCAUUGUUCAAUAUAACUUAUGAUCGACCCUGUAUAAAUCUAGAACAGAUCGGUGACGGUUAUGUCGAUUGUAUUGGUGCAUUAGAUGAACGAAUACUCUUCAACACUUGUGAUGAUAAUACGGAUUGUUUAUAUGGUGAAGAUGAAUACAAUUGCGAACGUACUGAAAGAAUCCUCAUAAAUAAUAAUGGAUAUGUGUAUCGUAUAGAAAAACAAAAACAAGUGAAGAACAGUAAAUAUAAAAUACAACAAUCUAAAUUACCUGUUCAUCUCAGUAGUAUUGAAAGGAUUGAUAUAUUUAGUUCAUCAGUACACGAUAAAUCUAUUCCUGUUCAUUCUUUCGUUCCAAUUCAAUCAUUACUACCAUACGCUUGUAAUCGUGGUGUUGGAGUUUUGUUAUUUAGCAAUACAACAAUUUGUUUUUGUCCUCCGCAAUACUAUGGAAACAAAUGUCAAUUUCAUAGUGAUCGAUUAACCAUGAUACUACGAUUAAACUUAUCAGGAUCCAUUUAUGCAGAAUUCAACGAUCCGACAAUUGUUCUUAAAUUACUUGUUCUAUUUAUAUUCAAUAAUCAAACAAUAAUUGCUAAUGAAUUUCAUGCUCGACCUGAUAUAGAAAGUACGAUCGAAAAGAAAUGGAUUGGUUAUGGUAUUUAUUCUCGAUCGAAUGAAUCAAUCAUUUAUAAACGAAAACGAUAUUUUAAUCGUUCAAAUAUUAUUCAUGAACAUCCAUAUACAGUUCGGAUUGAAUGCUAUGAAUUACUUACGAACAAGAAACCACAACUGAUAGCUGUAUGGCAAUAUCCAGUUUAUUUUGACUAUUUACCAUCGUUUCGUUUCUCUAAAGUACUUCGAUUACAUAGACCUAGGAAUGAAAUAUAUCGUCCAUGUUUUAGUAAUCCUUGUACAUCACUAGAAGAAUGCCAUCCACUUGAAAAUCAAAGAUCAACUUAUAUUUGUCUUUGUCAAAAUAAUUAUACUGGAACAAAUUGUUCGACAUUGGAUUCCUUAUGUGUAAAUAAUUAUUGUUCACCACAAGCUUUAUGUAAACCAACGUAUCGUGGUAUUCUUAAUGGUAAUGAAAGACCUCUUUGUAUUUGUCCAUUGAAUACAUUUGGACAUCGAUGCGAGUUAGAAAAUGAUAUUUGUUUUGAAAAUCCUUGUCAAAAUAAUGGUUCAUGUUAUUCAGGUACUAAAACAAAUGAAUUUCUCUGUGUUUGUAAAGCUGAUUUCUAUGGACGACAAUGUGAAGAAAAAAAACAAACAAUACAAUUGAAUUUUCAUGAUUCUAUUCCGCAUCAUGGUGCUACUGUUCAAUAUUUUAUAUUAAAUUCUAAUACAUUCGAUCUUAUUCUUUUAUAUCAACGUGUGUUUAGUAUACUUCCUCAGAAAGUAAAUGAUCUUAUCAGUGAUAUUAAAGUACCUAAGAUAAUUCUGAUUCGAUUCUAUAUAAAUAAACAAAUCAAGAUAUAUUUGAUCGUUUUACAAAUAAAUGCCACUUCAAUUAAUCGAACAAUUUAUUGGUAUGAACAACAACAAUGUUCACCAGCACAUAGUUUAUGGUCGAUAUCAGAAGAACUAUCUCCAAUAAAGUAUCAUUAUCUUUGUUCUAAUAUGAGUGUAUUGGGAUGUUUUUAUGAUGAUGAUUAUUUAUGUGUUUGUAUGAAAGAGAAGGUCAAUGAGACAGAAUGUUUUGGUUAUGAUCAUUAUCUUGAUCAAUGUUCACGUUGUUUAGCUAAUGGACUGUGUUUACAAGAUGAUCCUCUAAAAAUAAAUAGUUUUUUUUUGUCUUUGUCCACCAUGUUAUUAUGUAUUCGCAUCGAUAAACAGUUAUUAUAUGUAACUUUAGCAAUGAUUAUUUUAAUUGUUGGUGGAAUCAAUAACUAUGCUAGUUUUAUCACUUUUAAGCGUCCCAAUUUAUAUAAAUCGGGUGUUGCACGAUAUCUUCUCCUAAGUUCAUUAAUGAGUCAAUGUUCACUUUUAACAUUAUUUGGUGUGAUUAUACUAAGUGUUUUGCCUUCAUUUCUAUCAAGUAAUAUUUCAUGCAAAAUUCUUUCAUAUUUUCUCUCGACAUUUACUCGAUGCACGUGUUGGUUUUUUAGUUGGAUUACUCUCGAACGUCUUUUCCUUGUCCUGUUUCCAUUUAAUCAAUUUUUAAAGAAACCUAUUUUGGCUUCAGUGGUUAUAGCUAUUACCCUGGUUAUUGUUAGUUCUAUGCAUAUUCACGAACUUUUCUUCUAUAUUCGUCUUGAGGAUCCUAACAAACAAAUUUUAUGUGUUGCUAAUUUUACACAACAGUGGUCAGCAUAUAAUCGUUUUAAUUUGAUGGCACAUUACAUCAUUCCAUUUUGCAUUCAAAUCAUAUCUAUUACUAUUCUGAUUGUUCUUAUUGCACGUAGUCGUUCACGUGUAAAACAAAAACGUACGAGUAAAUUUAUUGAACUUUUGAAACAACAAUUCAAAGAGCAAAAGGAAUUAUAUAUUUUACCAUUGGUAAUCAUCAUUAGCAGUUUACCUCAAGUGAUACUCUCGUUUAUUUUUUCAUGUACUGAACUCUCGUCAUGGCAACGACAUACACUACUUUCUAUGUAUUUGUUAUCUUAUGCCCCGCAACUACUUGGAUUUAUCAUAUUUGUCGUUCCAUCAGAGAAUUUCUCGAAAGAAUUUCAAAAAACACAAUUGAGCAAACGUUGUUUAUUUAAAAUGAUUUAUCGGAAACAUACUUGAGCAAAUGAAUGCAUCGCAAUAUGUAUGUUAACCCUUUACCCCCGGUGGAUCAAAAACAGAGACCGGCAGGACGACGAUUCUUCUGUCCCGUCCCGUCUUCAAAAACAUUUGACCAUCCCAUCUUGAGGGUGGGUGGGUGUGGGUGUGGUGUUGGUGUAGAUCAAGACAACUCCCUGACCCACACCCACACCCACACCCUCAAGUAUAAGAGGUGUAUUGACUUGUCACACCUUCAGGUGCAAUCUUGAUGGUUCAUGUUAUGUUCAUAUACUUAAAAACUAUCUUCUUCCUGCUGCUAAACAAG